AUGUCUAAGUUAUUCCUUGUUGGAAAUUACGUACUUUACAUGUAUGCACAAAAAACUCUUCCUCCAAGGAAAAAGAAGCCGGUCUCCAAGAAGAAGAUGAAGAGGGAGAGAAUGAAGCAAGGUGUUUCUGCACCUGGAGAGUAG